AUGUCUACCACAACUAACAUCAAAAACAAAAGAGUUAGGCAACAUAACAGGUCACUCAUUUAUACAGAGCGUUUACAAAAUCCAAAUGAAUCAAUUACUCCGACUGUCACACCACUUGUAUUAACAUCGAGUUCGAGUUCAUAUGAUCCUAAAGAAUGGAUGCAAUACAAUAAGAUAUUACAGCAAAACAAAAAACAACAACAAGCUAAUUUGGAAUGGGCAACUGUUUACUCGAUUUUUAAACAAUUUCAUUCACUUUCUAAGCAUAUUGAAAGUCAAAAUUUCGAAUAUGAUGAUGCUAAAAAUAAAGAACUUAGAAUUUUGAUCAAGAAAUCUAUGUCAAUGGAAGGAGUAGAGAGGGCUGAAACAGCUCGUUUUAGAAGGGUUUUUGACUUGGUAGAUUAUGUAAGAAAAACAAUAGAAAAUGAACAGAUCGAUCUAGAAACUUUUCUUAACAAUAUUAAGCCUUUAAAGCUUACCUUAAAUUAUCUGAAAGAAGUAGAACUGGUAGAAUUUAAAAAUCUUGUAAAUUUAGUAUUGGAAAAAUUAAAGAAUCAACCUAAUUAA